AAUAUGACUUUGUCAUGUUUAUGAUUUUUCCACUUCUUCAUUCUUUAAUUUCUCUAUUCAUAAAUCUAUAUAGUACAUGCAUUUGGAAAAGUAGUGUUAUGAAAUCUUAUCAUAUAGUCAUUCCAUAUUUUGUCACACUAAUCCUCUUCCUUUAAACUUUUGUUCUGAAAGAAGCUAAAUUAGCCCACCUAAAUUGGCACCGAGAGAUUCAAACCUGAGAUCUUGAAUAAGAGCGCACUCCCAGGUCCCAAGCCAAUACCACCAUACCAACCCAAGUGGGUUCUCUUCCUUUAAACUUAGCUCAGCACAACCUAUAGUAUGCUUGUUUGUUCCAUCAAAAAUAUCAUAUCUCAAGCCCUUACCUUAGCUGAUUUCUCUUGUUCAUCAUGCCAACCCAUCUUCAAUUCUUGGUAACAUUUUUGCCAUUCCUUUUUGUUCAAGUAUUGUCCCAAGUUGACCAACUACUAUACACAGGUUUUAAGGAUGGUGGUGCCAGCAAUUUAACCUUAAACGGUGUUGCAAAGAUAGAGAAAAAUGGAAUAAUAAGAUUAACAAAUGAUUCAAGCAAAUUAAUGGGCCAUGCUUUUUACUCUCAACCUUUUCAGCUAAAGAACUCAACAACUGGUAAAGCUUUUUCCUUUUCAUCAACCUUUGCUAUUGCUGUUGUUCCUGAGUAUCCUAGAGUUGGUGGUCAUGGCAUGGCUUUCACAAUAGCACCUACUAAGGAUCUCAAUGCUUUACCUAUUCAAUAUCUUGGUCUUUUCAAUGCAAGCAAUGUUUUUGGUAAUUUCUCUAACCAUAUUUUUGCUGUCGAGUUUGACACUGCUCAAGACUUUGAGUUUGAUGAUAUUAAUGAUAACCAUGUUGGUAUAGACAUCAAUAGUUUGAGGUCAAAUGCUUCUGUUACUGCUGGUUAUUACACUGAUAAUUCAACCAAACAAGAUCUUAAUAUUAAAAGUGGGAAACCAAUUCUUGUUUGGGUUGAUUAUGAUUCUUCAUUGAAUCUUAUUAGUGUUACACUUUCUCCAACUUCAAUUAAACCGAAAAAACCGAUCUUGUCCUUUCAUGUGGAUCUAUCUCCUAUUUUUCAUGAUACUAUGUAUGUUGGUUUCUCUGCUUCAACUGGUAAUCUUGCAGCCUUUCAUUACUUGUUGGGUUGGAGUUUCAAAAUCAAUGGAGUAGCACCAUUUCUUGACUUGUCUUCACUUCCACAACUUCCACAACCAAAGAAGAAACAAACUUCUUUGAUAGUUGGUGUUUCACUCACAGCUUCUGUGAUUGCUUUGUGCUCUAUAGCAUUUGCUAUUUACAUUUUCAGAAAAAUCAAGAAUGCUGAUGUUAUUGAAGCAUGGGAGCUUGAAGUUGGGCCACAUAGAUACUCCUAUGAAGAGCUCAAGAAAGCUACAAAAGGUUUCAAGGAGAAAGAGUUGCUUGGGCAGGGUGGUUUUGGGAAAGUUUACAAUGGAAUAUUGCCGAAAUCGAAGAUUCAAGUGGCUGUUAAGAGAGUUUCACAUGAAUCAAAACAAGGGUUGAGAGAAUUUGUAUCUGAAAUUGCAAGCAUAGGCCGGCUUCGCCAUCGGAAUUUGGUUCAGUUACUUGGGUGGUGUCGCCGCAGAGGCGACCUCCUACUUGUGUACGAUUUCAUGUCAAAUGGAAGCUUAGACAAAUACUUGUUUGAAGAUUCAGAAAUUGUGCUAAGUUGGGAACAAAGGUUUAAGAUAAUAAAGGGUGUUGCUGCAGGUCUUUUGUUUCUACAUGAAGGUUAUGAGCAAGUGGUAAUACAUAGAGAUGUUAAGGCUAGUAAUGUUCUCUUAGAUUGCGAACUCAAUGGAAGAUUAGGUGAUUUUGGAUUGGCAAGGUUGUAUGAACAUGGUGCUAAUCCCGGCACGACAAGAGUGGUGGGAACAUUAGGCUAUUUGGCACCAGAAUUGCCUAGAACAGGAAAGGCAUCUACAAGCUCCGACGUUUUUGCAUUCGGCGCGCUUCUUCUCGAGGUUGCUUGCGGAAGAAGGCCUAUUGAACCUAAGGCAUUACAAGAAGAACUGGUGUUGGUGGAAUGGGUGUGGGAAAGGUACAAAGAAGGAAGAAUACUUGAAGUAAUGGAUCCUAAAUUGAAUGGUGAUUUCAAUGAAAGUGAGGUGAUGAUGGUGUUGAAAUUAGGGUUGAUGUGUUCAAAUGAUGUUCCUACUAUUAGGCCUAGCAUAAGACAAGUAGUGAGGAUUUUGGAUGGAGAAGUUGAGUUACCAAAUGAAAUGAGAAAGCCAAGAGGUAUUGAUUCACAAGAGGGGUUUGAUGAGUUUUUGCAUUCUCUUGGAACUUCUUCAUUUGAUAAGACUAAUUCAAGCUCCUAUCUUGGAACUUCUUCAUUUGAUAACACAUGAUAUUGUUAGGCAGUUAUUACAUUAUUAGUGGUAGUUAGUAGUAUAUUAUUAGGACCAGUUAUGUGUUAAUUAAUUUUGUCAGUUAUUCUUGACGUGAAAACUUAUAUUAGGGGUGUGUAUGUAACUCUAUAAAUAGUAGUUUGUGUGUAACUGCUAUCUAAGAAACUGAAUGUAUCUGAUAGGAUCUAUAAGCAAUCACUAAUAAAACUAAGAAACUAGGGUUUUAAGCCAAAACAAAAA